AGCCUAACGCGGGGCCCGCUCCCAUGGCCGCGGCGGUGGCGGCGGCAGCGGUGCUGGGCGGGGGCCUGCUGCUGGCAGCCUGGCGCUGGCUGCGGCCCGCGGCCCGGCCCGGCGCCGGCUCCGCGGCCUCCAUGCGGGGCAAGACGGUGAUCAUCACCGGGGCCAACAGCGGGCUGGGCCGGGCGGUGGCCGCCGAGCUGCUGCGGAUGAGGGCCCGGGUCAUCAUGGGCUGCCGGGACCGGGCGCGGGCGGAGCGGGCGGCCAGCGAGAUCCGAGCCGAGUUAGCCGAGCGGGAGGCGGCCGAGGGCGGCGGGGAGCUGGUGGUCCGGCAGCUCGACCUGGCCUCGCUUAGCUCCGUGCGGGACUUCUGCCGACAGGUCCUCCAGGAAGAGCCAAGGCUGGAUGUUUUGAUAAAUAAUGCGGGGAUAUUCCAGUGUCCGUACAUGAAGACAGAGGAUGGUUUUGAGAUGCAAUUCGGCGUAAACCACUUGGGUCACUUCUUACUCACCAACCUUCUUCUGGGCCUCCUCAAAAAUUCUGCUCCAAGCAGGAUUGUGGUAGUAUCCUCAAAGCUUUACAAAUAUGGAGAGAUCAACUUUGAAGACUUGAACAGUGAAAUAAGUUACAAUAAAAGCUUUUGUUAUAGCCGGAGUAAACUGGCUAAUAUAUUAUUUGCAAGGGAGCUAGCACGUCGAUUGGAAGGGACGGGAGUCACUGUCAAUUCACUUCAUCCUGGGAUUGUCAGAACAAAUUUAGGCAGGCAUGUGAAUAUUCCUUUGCUGGCAAAACCCCUAUUCAAUUUGGUGUCAUGGGCUUUCUUCAAAACACCUCUGGAAGGAGCCCAAACUUCUAUUUAUUUGGCCUCUUCUCCUGAGGUUGAAGGUGUGUCAGGGAAAUAUUUUGGGGACUGCAAAGAGGAGGAACUCCUACCCAAAGCCAUGGAUGACUUGGUUGCAAGAAAGUUAUGGGAUAUCAGUGAAGUGAUGGUUGGAUUAUUGAAAUAAGUGCUGGGGUAUCUGCUAAAAAGGAAUGCAGAUAACUAUGCAAUGUGUAUUUGAAACAGUCUAAUUCUCACUUUGAGUGCUGUGGGAACACAGGUUAAUGCUCAGAAUUAUUUAAUAGAGGAGUGAUUUAUGCUGAAACUGUUUUGAAACAAAGGAUAAUCUUUAUUUAAUGGGUGCAGACUUUCAAGAAAAAUCUGAAAUAAAGUUUGAGGGUGUGAAUAUUUCUGAUUAAAUCUGUUCAGAAACUCAUGUUCUACAAAUAAAUAUUAAACAAAACUGUGUUUUGCAGUGUAUAUGCCUAUUUGUCACGUUCUACUACUUCGUAGUCAGACUGGACAAUGCAGGGUGUUGAUGGUGAAAUGCUUUUCAUGUAAAACAGUUUUAAGAAGAGAUCCUAACACUAAGAUUUUUGUCUUUGAGCCAUCACAACGAAAGCUGGAGUAAACAGUUUUACUGGUAUCUUGCACUGUAAUCAUUAGGCCUGAGUGCCAUUCAAAGACUUGUCAUUAGCCAAAUGCUUCAGUGAACAAAAUUAUUGGGAGAUAUACAGUUUAGCUGUGAAGCACAAAGUUGGCUUUUUUUUCGAGUACUGUAACUGCCAUUCACUGAGUGUAUACACUCUGUUGUGCAAGCUGUAUUUUUAUUUUCACAUAUGCUGAACUGGCUAUUUCUUGAUACGUGUACUGCUUACGUUUCAUUAAAAAUGUAGUUGACAUGUCUUGUGGUCUCGAUAGGGCUUUGCAUGUCAUGAGUUGUGUCCAUGCAAAGUUCACAAGACUUCAACCAGAUUAAACUGAAGUGAAUAU